AUGAAGUUCACCACUCUCGCUAUUGUUGCCAUCGCUUCCGUGGCCACUGCCAGCCCCGGCUACAAGCCUCCUCCUCCUCCUCACGGCUGCAAGCCCGCCACCUACGCCUGCCUUCCCAAUGAUCAGGGAUGGCAAGUGUGCAGCACUGCUGGUCAAUGGGUCUUUGCUGGAAACUGCCCUCCCAAGACCGUCUGCAAGUUCGAUAACCAGAAUGGCAGCCCCUACUGCGUUCCCCCCAACUUUACUAUCCCAUAAAUCAUUCGAUUUAUGACAAAUGGGAAUUUUGAGAAGACCAGUCGGAUGAAAGACGGAUAUCAGAGUUUUUGAUACAAAGAGUUUGUGCGGCUUGCAUUGCUUGACAGCUCAAUCUGAACAUAAAGUUUAUGACACAAAUUAUGGACACUCCUUAGGCCAUUGGAUAUAUACAAAUAAAGUUAAAUUAUGAAUUUCUUUU